GCUCAAUUCUGAUCCUUAUUGGAAAAAAUCAGUUUACUGCCAUCAAAUGAAAAUCAUUCAACAAAAAGAAACCACAUUUAUUUGGGGUCUUUAUUUGACAAUUUAGUGCAGAAAACUGUUCAGUUAUUGACAUCAAUAUUUAACAUCCUGUGUUAUAAUAGUUUGGUGAUUCGGAUUUUAUUCUGUUUUGUUUGACUAAAGGCAGCUUUAAAAAAAAUCAUGGAAAAUAGAGUUCAGAUCCCUGUUUAUAUUUACAGUAUUAUAUGUACUUUUUGGAUCGCUUUAUCACAUGGUGUAUCAGAACAUGCUCAUUUAAGAGAAAUGUUGAUAUUAAAAUCUAAAAAUACGAAUAAAAAGAUUUCUCUUUAAAAAAUUACAACUGAUUUUUUGUAGUAAAAUGUUUUUUUGUUAACUGAGGAAAUAAAUGCUUCUGGAUUGUAAAGAUUGCAGACUUCUAUUGGGAGCUUUUAGUUUGAAAGCUUUUUGUGAAGUCGCAGCUUGUUUCCGGCGGACCUUUUUUGGUGUGACACUAGAUCAUGACGACAGUACACAGAAUCAUACCGAUCCGCGAAAACUGUGUUUACACCAGCUGUUAUUGUGAAGAAAAUGUGUGGAAGCUGUGUGAAUUUGUUCAGAAAGAGAAAACUGCUCCACUGGACCAGAUAUUUGUCGUUUUUAUCUCCAAUGAGAAACGGAUGAUUCCUCUGUGGAAGCAGAAAUCCGGACAUGGCGACCAGCAUGUGAUCUGGGACUACCACGUGAUCCUGCUGCAGGUGCGCCCUCAGUCGGACUCUCUGGUUUACGAUCUGGACUCUGUGUUGUCGUUUCCCUGCAGCCUGCAGCUCUAUGGAGCCAUGGCCUUCCAAUCGGACCGCCACAUCCGACCCGAGUACCACAGGAAGUUGCGUGUGAUUCCUGCUGACAGCUUCCUGUUGAACUUUGCAUCUGAUCGAUCUCACAUGAGGAACCCUGAUGGAACCUGGAAGAUGCCUCCUCCUCCAUAUGCGCCCAUCCAGACAGCAGAGAGUCAGAUGAACCUGGAUGAUUUCAUCAGUAUGAGCCCUGCUGAUGGCUGGGGAACCGUCUACAGUCUGGAUCACUUCCUGCUCACAUACACUGGAAACCCGCCCACAGCAUCGUCUUCGUCGACUUCACCCUGAUCUUCCUCAACGCCACCAGCAGCAGAUGUGGUUUUAUGAUAUUGUUGCUUCAGAUGGUUCAGAAUCAAUGAUUUUGUUGGACUUUUAUCCUGGUUCUGAUGUUUGAUCCUUUAGUUUCGACUUGUGGAUUAUUUUCUGAGCAAUAAAAACAUUUUUUAUCAUCUAUGAAAAUGUUUAUAUUAAAAUCAGAGCCUGAGGAAAACGAGACGACCUAAUUAUAAUAAACAAAAAAGAGCUUCUUUUAACCAAUAUAAGAUUUUAGGCUUUGGACCCAGACCUCAGUCUACAUCCAAAACGGUUUGAAACUAUCAGUUUUUCUCCUGCCUGAGCCAGCUAAUGACUCACACUGGUGCAACUCAAUAGAAAAGUAUAACAGAGCUGAUUUAGUUUAGUUAUUUAGUUCAAAAGUGAAAAUCAUAAAUUCACCAAAUAGUGUAAAAUAAUAAAAGGGUGCUCUGCUAUUCAAAAUUCUAAUUUUUCACAUUUCUGUACUUCCAUAUGGGUUUCUACUGCUACUAAAAACAACCUGGUGGCUUAAAAAGACACAACCAUUUUUUAGUUUUAUUUCUUUAAACCUUUUUUCACCAAGUUUUUCUUUCUCUCUUUCCCUUUUACUUAUUGCAAGACUGAAACAAUACAUAUUUUGCAAAAUGAAAUAUAAAAUUCACAAUAUCUGCACAAACAACUUUAUACAAACAUUUUCUAUGUCUAGAAAAUAAAACAUGCACCUGCAGUAGUGCUUCACGCAUCUAUCUUAUCCUCCAGAUGAGCCAAUUUAGCACCUAAUGCAGGGGUGUCCAAAGUGUGGUGCUGGGGCCAUUUGUGGCCCUUGAAAUGAUUUUGUUCAGCCCCAGAAUACAAGUCCAGAAUGGCAAAAACAAUUGAUAAUCCCCCCCAAAAUUGGAAAUUGCAACAAUCUAAAGCCCUUUUUAUGUUUUAACCUUUAAUGAUAAACAGAUUUAAAUUGAGCAAGUAAAAUAAACAAACAAACAUAAAAUCGCAAUAAAUUAAUUCUUGUCUUUCUGAUUCAUUAACUUUUGUAGCCUGCAAAUAGUUUAAAUUAGCAAGUUUUGGUCCCCAGGGCUAAAAGUUUGUGUUGCACACUUAAUUAGUCAAUGGUUUACUAAAUUCAGUUUAAAUAAGAAAACCAGUACAGAUUCUUCUGCAGGGCUCUAACCUGCUGUGAGCAGAGGGAAGUGGCUGCUUGACAGUUAAAAGGUUUGUUUUUCCUUUUCAACCUUCAUUUUCAGGAAGAAGCACAGGCUGCCGAUAAGCUCCACAUUCAAUUCAACAAAAGCUUCUAACAAGAAAGAUGAGUGGAAACCACAACAAUGAAGCCGAUGAAGGAGGAAUUAGAAGUUGGAUUCCUACUCCUUUUGCGACUGCAGGAUCAGUUUUGGGGCUUUAUCUUUGGUGGCGGAAUCGUGAAGCCCAUAAAAAGAUUAAAGAGAUGGAAGUAAAGCUCAUGAGAAACAGCCUCUCUAUCCACCGCAGUCAGAUUAUUCCAUUUAUUGAAUUUUUUUCUACGUUUUCAAGUCCCCCAGAAGAGAAAAGAAACAUUGUACGCAACGGUUAUGCAAGCAGAGGAACACAGUUCCUUUUAUCAGAGCUGGACGACCUGGAGGAUCUGCUGGUGGAAAGGCAGCAUCUCUACUGCAGCUACUUCACGACGAAGCCUCACCUGGAGCUGAUGGAGAAGAAGAUAAAGGAGAACGUCAAUGUUUUGUUGUGGUACAAUUUGAUAAAAAAAGAGGAGUUGGAUAAAAUCUUCCGUGAAGAUCGUCACUGUGCUUUCUGUGUCUCGUACCUGUGGACUGGAGACAAAAGAAAAAAUGGAAAACUGAUGUGGGAGAUGCUGGGAGGCUGGAGGAAGGCGGCGACGGAAAAUGUCAAAGACGAGACCUUUAAAAAAGUUUUCGAGGACAAAGAAAAUUUCCGGUCCACUUUUCAGCGCUGAUUAAAUUUGGUCAUGAGCAAAAUUUACUCAGCAGGGGCUUCAGGAAAUCUAAAACUAAUGCUAAUAAAUGUUUUUAUUAUUCAA